AUGAGUUCAGAGGAGUUCCCGCCCGCGGGCGACGUGUCGCUCUGCGACACGCGCCCUCGGGUUCCUCCCCCCGCGAAGCGCGCGCGGCGCCCGAGCACAGACGACGAAGAAUGGCAUCCUUCGCACGUCCGCGAGGAGAAGGCUGACCGGCGAGGGCCUUCGCUUCCCGCCUUGAGUCUGAGGGUCGGCGGCUUCCGAGACUACGGCGCCAAACUGUCUCUGAAGGCUGACCACGCGCACCGCCCCCUCUGGGUCUGUCAGGACGGAUCCAUUCUCCUCGAGACCUUCUCGUCCGCCAGCCGGCAAGCGAACGAGCUCCUCCUCACCAUGGCGGAGCCGAUCUGCAGGGGUGACUUCGUCCACGAGUUCCAGAUCACGAUUUUCUCGCUGUACGCGGGCAUCAGCAUCGGGCUCUCCUGCGAAGACAUGAUUUCGAAUCUGGAGAAGUUCAGUAAGAACGCGAUUCCCGAGGACUUGGUUGUGCAGAUUCAGAAGGUGGCCUCGGCCUUCGGCAAAGUGAAGCUCGUGUUGAACGAGAACAAGUACUACAUCGAAUCGGCGGAGAAGAAGGAGUUGGACUACUUGCUCUCGAAUCCGCUGAUUCGCAGCUCCGCGGUCGUUCACCGGCGCCCGGAACUACCGCAGACCGCCCAGCUGCCUUCGCUCGUGAUGCCGCCUGUCUCUUCUCUCUCGAAACCUGCUGCGGGUCCUGUUGUCAGCAACGACGGGUUGUACGUGGUCGCGAAUGCGCCCACGCUCGACGCGUCUCAGCUGGCCUUUCCGGUCACCGAGCACGACGAGGAGACGGGCCCCGGGGCGGGCCUCGCCCGCGCCGAGAAGGGAGACGCCGCGACCGCGGUCGGCGGGGCUCCAGGCGGCCCAGGCGCCCCAGGAGGCGACGCACAGGGCUCGCAGCAGACAGGGUCUCGAGACAAGAGACCGCGCGACGAGCCAGAAGAACGAAGAGAGGCAGAGGGAGGGAGCGCGAAGCAGGCCCCCGCGUCGCCACCGAGGGCUUCGUCGGCAGGCGACGAGGGAGACAGCGCGAAACAGAAGAAGGCGACCACGGCGCCGGCGCGGCAGGUAUUCUCCUUCCAAGUGAGCAGCGACCGCGUCGAGGAGGUCAAGCGCCUCUCUGUGGAGACCAUGCACCGCCCGCUGCUCAACGAGUACGACUUUCGGCGCGACAAAACCAACAAGAACCUCUCCUCGCUCCUCUUGAAGUCCAGCACAAAAAUUCGUUAUUAUCAGGAGCGAGCCCUGCGGAAAAUGUUUAGCAACGGCCGAGCGCGCUCAGGCAUCAUUGUCCUGCCCUGUGGCGCAGGGAAGACUUUAACAGGCAUCACAGCAGCGUGCACACUUCGCAAAUCUGUUAUGGUUUUGACGACGAGCGCGGUUGCAGUCGAUCAGUGGAGGAAGCAGUUCGAAGAGUACACGACCAUCGACUCUUCUCGCCUUCUUACCCUCACUGCGGAAACCAAACAAAGCCUGUGGCAAGUUGACGAGGCUGGCGUGUUGGUGAGCACCUACACGAUGCUUGCCUUCAGCGGCCGCCGCAGUCUGGCAGCUGAGCGGAUCAUGCAGCAAAUUCGCGAGCGCGAGUGGGGGUUGCUUAUCUUCGACGAAGUGCAGUUCGCCCCCGCUCCCGCCUUCCGCAGAAUCAACGACCUUGUCAAGAGCCACUGCCGCCUCGGCUUGACGGCGACGCUUGUGCGCGAGGACGACCUCAUCAAAGACCUGCAGUGGCUCAUCGGUCCGAAGCUCUUCGAGGCGAAUUGGAUCGAACUGCAGGACCAAGGUUUCCUCGCGCGCGUCUCUUGCCAGGAAGUCUGGUGCCCGAUGACUGCGGACUUUUAUCGCGAAUACCUCCGGUGUUCGCAUGCGAAACAGAGGAAGCUCUGGGUAUGCAACCCGACGAAACUGAUGACCUGCGAGUGGCUGCUGCGCUACCACGAAGCACGGGGAGACAAAAUUCUGGUUUUCAGCGACAACGUUUUUGCGCUGCUCCACACGGCGAAGGCGCUCAACCGGCCCUUCAUCUACGGACAAGUCAGCGCCGUCGAACGCGUCGCGAUUCUGAACAAAUUCAAGAAUGAGUCGACCUUCAACUCCCUUUUCCUGUCCAAAGUCGGCGACAACGCGAUCGAUAUUCCUUGCGCUAACGUUGUCAUUCAAAUUUCCUUCAACUUCGCGUCUCGCCGGCAGGAGGCCCAGCGUCUAGGUCGCAUUCUGCGUGCGAAGCCCCAGGCGGCGGACGAAGGCGAGAGCUUCAACGCAUUUUUCUACUCGCUGAUUUCGAAAGACACGCUGGAGAUGGUCUACGCCGACAAGCGCCAGCAGUUCAUCAUCGAUCAGGGCUACGCUUACAAAGUGAUUCAUAGCCGGGAUCUGCCGAUGGAGCCCGACAAGUUGAUUUACGGCGAUCAACAACGCCAGCGCGAGAUCCUAACAGACAUUCUCGCUUCAGAUGACAACGACAGGAGCUUAGACGACGACGAAGACGACUCGUCGCGGAAUAUCCUGGCCUCGCUUGCGGGCGAGAGACAGUCGCUAUUCAGCAACGCCGCUCGACGCGACGGGAGCUGGGGCGCCGACGCCGACGACCGGCGCGCGGACGGAUUCAGCGAGGGCGCGCUUGGCUUUGACGCGGCACACGUUCAGCACGUGCCUGGAGGCUUGGCGCGGUUUUCAGGCGACGGCGGAUUCGCGCCCUUCGGCUCUCGACCUGCAGGCGGAGGCCGCGGCGGCCGCGGCGGCCGCGGCGGGCGGGCUUCGGGGCUCGACGUGAAGUCGAUGCAUCCUCUCUUCAGAGGUUUCCACGGGAAGAAAUAA